UGAGUUAACGUCUUCCAUCUUGAAGAAUUUGGAUUGAUUACACGAGUUAAUGUUAGGUCAAUCUAUCUUUUAAUAAUUUUGAAAAUAAGUCCACUUUUUAUUAGUGUUAAUAUUGAAAAGUUAGCAAGGACGUUUAUUCGUUUUAGAAUCAUGCUGAUUGAAUGCCCACACUUCAAGAAAUGAUUCACUGUUUUAUCGGUAAUAUGGUAUUGUUUUAGUUACUGAAACUAAGGUGUUAGUUAUUACUUCUACUGAUUGACUAAAAAUUAAAAUAAAAGAUGGAAUUUGCUCAGCCGAACUUAGCAAUGCCACCUCCGAAUUUGAGUGGUCCUCCUCCGAAUAUAGUGGUACCUCCAAUUCAGGGUUAUGGAAAUCGACCACAAUUUAAACCUUUUAUGAAUUUUCAAAGACCUCUCCCAGGACCUCUUGGUAAUAUGACUUUGGAGGAUUUUGACGGAAAACGUUUAAGGAAAUCUGUAAUGAGAAAGACUGUUGACUAUAAUUCAGCUAUCAUCAAAGAGCUUGAGAAUAGAGUAUGGCAAAGAGAUAGUAGGGACCGAAGAGCUUUACAGCCCGAUGUUAUGUAUUAUCCUGAUAUGAUGCCACCACCUAGUUAUCCUGAUAAUCCCAUUAAUUGUGUUACAACAAGAUUUGUCAAAACUGCAACAAAUAAAAUGAGAUGUCCAAUAUUUUGCAUGGCUUGGACACCUGAAGGAAGGAGGUUAGUUACUGGAGCUAGUUCAGGAGAGUUUACACUUUGGAAUGGGCUAACUUUCAAUUUUGAAACUAUAUUACAGGCACAUGAUAGCCCUGUACGAACAAUGGUAUGGAGCCACAAUGACAGCUGGAUGGUUACUGGUGAUCAUGCAGGUUAUGUUAAAUACUGGCAGUCUAAUAUGAAUAAUGUCAAGAUGUUUCAAGCCCAUAAAGAAGCUCUACGAGGCAUAAGCUUCAGCCCUUCGGAUACCAAGUUUGUAACAUGUUCUGAUGAUGGUACUUUGAGAAUUUGGGACUUUUUCCGAUACCAAGAAGAAAAAAUUUUGAGAGGACAUGGUGCAGAUGUAAAAUGUGUUCAUUGGCAUCCUCAGAAAAGUUUGAUUGUAUCAGGUAGUAAAGACAAUCAACAACCUAUUAAACUAUGGGAUCCAAAAUCAGGACAAUCACUAGCAACUCUGCAUGCACACAAGUUAACAGUUAUGGAUCUCAAAUGGAAUGAAAACGGCAAUUGGCUCAUAACUGCGUCAAGGGAUCAUCUGUUGAAACUGUUUGAUUUGAGGAAUCUUUCUCAGGAAGUUCAAACUUUCAGAGGUCAUAAAAAAGAAGCAUCCAGUGUUGCUUGGCAUCCUGUUCAUGAGGGUUUGUUUGCAAGUGGUGGCUCAGAUGGAUCAAUUAUGUUUUGGCAUGUGGGAGCUGACAAAGAGGUAGGUGCUAUUGAACAGGCUCAUGACAGCAUUGUCUGGACUUUGGCUUGGCAUCCUUUAGGACAUAUAUUAUGUUCCGGUUCUAACGAUCAUACUAGUAAAUUUUGGACACGGAAUCGUCCAGGAGAUCAAAUGCGUGAUAAAUACAAUCUUAAUACUCUCCCAGGGGGUAUUGCUGGUUUGGAGGAUCUAGAUAUGGCAGCUAUCGAAGAGCCAUCAUCUGUUAUACCUGGUAUGGGACCAGAAGACAAAGUUGAUAUAACUUCACUUAUCUCAGAUGCUAAUGAAACUAUCCCAGGUCUUGACUUGGAUUUAUUAGGAAGCGUUACAAAUGAAGAUAAGACAAAACCUAAAAAGGUACCAUUUAGUAAACCCAUCCCACGUAACUUCCAAGCUCAGUGGAAUGAGACUGGUGCAGUUGAUGAAAAUCCUGGUUCUAUUACAGAAGUACUCAAUCACCUUGUUGAAAACGCUCCAGGAGUUGUACCUUUAGAAAAAAUCACCCCAAAUGCCAUUAUAGUGUAUGGAAAAUUAAUUCCUGUGGAACCUGGCUCCAAGCUUGAGCAAGCAAUUGCAGAUGGUCCAGAAGCUCUACAAAAGUAUAUCGAUUCAGGUGAAAUAGAGGAACUACAUGACGUAAUGCCAAUAAAGGAUGACAAUGAAGAAGACUACCUAAUAGAUCCAGCAGAUAAAGAAGCAGCCUUAUCUGGAAACCUCCCGGCAACAACUGGUAUUGUUUCACAAAGUGCAUCUUUUGGAAAUAGUGAUAAUGAUUUCUGGAUGAGAAACGCAAACACUCAUAAUGCAGACGAUGAUGCUGACAUAAGUAUGGAUGUCGAUUUCAGAAAUAACCUUGGGCAAGAUAUGGAAUUGAGAUCCAGAGAUUUCAACAUGAGGAACCAAGGUAACAUUGCAAUGGAAGAUGAAGAUUUUGGACAAUUUGAUAACAAAUAUGGCGAAGAUGAAGACUUCAGAGAACCAUUUGAAGAAAAUAAAGAUUAUGAGGAAGAUUAUUAUGAAGAACCAGGAAGCUGGCAGAGAAACGGCCAAUCCAAUCAGUUUAGAGGACACAAUAGAAACUUCAGAGGACCCCCUCCUAACUUCAGAGGUGGAGGAAACUUCAAUAGGAACGAAAGAACUUUUGGACAAAAAGAUGAAAAUUGGAAUAUGUCUUCCAAUAAUUUCAGAGGGCCUAUGGGUGACGGUUUCAGGCCUGGACCUCCAACUGACAGGUUUAAAGGUGCUAUGAAUGAUAAUUUCAGACCUCCAAAUAAGGACAAUUUUCGUGGGCCUCCGAAUAACGAAAGUUUCAGAGGUGUUGAUAACUUCAGAGGUGCUCCAUCUAACAGUGAUAAUUUCAGAACUGGUCCUAUUAAUAAUGAUUUCAGGUGCCCUUCUAAUAAUGACAAUUUCAGAGGUGCGCCGCCACCAAAUAGUGACAAUUUUAGAGGUGGUCCACCGCUUAAUAAUGUAAAUUUCAGAAGUGGUCCGCCAAAUAGUGAUAAUUUCAGGAGUGGUCCACCAUUGAAUAGUGAUAAUUUCAGAAAUGGACCACCUGAUGAUAAUUUCAGGUGUGGACCUCCGAAUAAUGACAACUUCAGAGGUCAGCGAGGAAGGAGAGGAGGGGUAAUGAGGGGUGGUCCUCGAGGGGGCAGAUCAAGAGGAAGGGGUGGACCAGAAAUCGGUAGAGGGCGUGGUAUUCCAAGAAGGGGCGGUCCCAACAGAGGUGGUUUUUAGACUGAAGCCUAUCUUCCUUUUUAUAAGUUAAUUGAUCUGUAUUCAAUUGUAAAUUUGAUACAUUUUUUCAUAAACUGUAAAUAUUUAUCAAUGAAUUUCGCUAGUUUUAUUUAUACUUAGGUAUAUUUUAGUAUUUAAUAUGUAAAUUAGAAUGGAAAAUGUUUUUGUAUUAAUUAAUUGUCAAUUGAAAUCAUCCAUGAUUUAAAUAAUUUUUUUCCUGAAUUUAAUUAUUUAAAAAUAAAAGCAAUUGAUAAAAUAAUAAAAUUCUAUUACAAUUA